CGCGGCUGCGGCUCGGAGCGGUGUGAAGUCCGGUGUUGGAUGUCUGACGUUUCUGCAGGAGGAGCACAUCUCAUAAAAAUGGCUGUUUUAGCAGUUCUCUUACCCGCAUUGGUCGCGAUUACAGCAGUGUUUGGAUUAGAUGCUGAUUUUCAGGUUGACCUGAUCAGAGAGCUGGAUUUGGCCAAUGCUACACAUGGAAUAAGCCAAACUGCAGGUCUUCACAACAGCAGCAAAGCAUUUCAAUUUCAAGAUGCCAGGAGAACCAUUCAGGUUCCAUCUCAAAUAACAGACCAAAUCCUGGAGUUGCUCAGAAACAAAAACGAGUUCACAUUCAUGGCAUCCAUCCAGCAGAAGGCAUCCACAUCUGGAGUUUUCUUCUCUAUCCAUGAGUCGGAGCACAGCUACUUUGAACUGGAGAGUAGUGGACUUCGAGAGGAAAUCCGCUACAGGUACUGCCACAAAGGAAAACAGCGAUCGGAGACAUUCCCAUAUCGAUUAGCUGAUGGUCAAUGGCAUAAAAUUGCUCUGUCCAUUAGCGCCAGUCAGUUAUUGCUUCAUGUGGACUGUAACAGGAUAUACGAGAGAGAGCUAGGCCCUUUUGAGAUGGAUUUGUCUACAGGAAACAGAAUUUGGAUAGGACAACGCAGCCAAGGACAUGGACUCUUUAAGGGCUCGAUGCAGGAUGUCAGAUUUGUUUUUUCUUCAAACGGCUACAUGGUGCAGUGUCCCAGCCUCAAUCGCACGUGUCCAACAUGCAGUGAUUUUCUCAGCCUUGUUCAAGGAAUAAUGGAUCUGCAGGACCUUUUGUCUAAAAUGACAUUGAAGCUGAACUACGCUGAAUCCAGGCUGAGUCAGUUGGAAAGCUGUCACUGUGAAAGGACGUGCAGCGUCAACGAUGUCACGUAUCGAGACAAAGAGCUGUGGACCGAACCAGAAAACUGCAGAACCUGCGCUUGCAUGAACGGCGCCGUCGAGUGUCGGAGGAUAUUUUGCCCGCCUGUGAGCUGCUUGGAGGAUUUUCUCCCUGUUCACGUGAACGGGACGUGCUGUAAGAAAUGCAGAUCUAAGUGCUCCUACCUGGGCCGAGCACUUUCAGAGGGUCAGCGUGUUUUCCUACAGAGCUGUAAAGAAUGCAAGAAUGGAGUGAUGGAGCCAGUGAAUGAAAGCUGCCCAAGUCUGAACUGCACAAUAAACGAGCAGAUUUUGCCAGAGAACAGAUGCUGUAAUGUCUGCAGAGGUCAUGAUUUCUGUGCAGAAAGAGUUCUCUGUGGAGAAAACUCGGUUUGCAAAAACCGCAAUAACAAAGCAGAGUGCGAGUGCAAGAGCGGCUACACGGCUAUACAAGGAGAUUCGACCUACUGUGAAGAUAUAGAUGAGUGUUCCACACAGAUGCACUACUGUCAGGCCAACACUUUGUGUGUUAAUUUACCUGGAGGUCAUCGAUGUGACUGCCUUCCAGGGUUCUCCAGAGUGGACGAUUUCUCCUGCACAGAGCGUGAUGAGUGUGUCAGUGGCCAGAGCUCGUGUGAUGAGAGUGCCAUCUGCACCAACACCGUCCUUGGCCACUUGUGCACCUGUAAGCCAGGGUUCAUGGGUAACGGCACCAUCUGCACAGCGGUUUGUAAGGACGUCUGUCUCAACGGAGGAACUUGUGCGUCUCCAAACACGUGUGUGUGUCCUUCAGGCUUCACUGGCCGCCUCUGUGAGACAGAUGUUGACGAGUGUGUAGAAGGUUUUGCUCAGUGCCACACACGCUCCCUAUGUGCCAAUCUUCCCGGAUGGUACCACUGCCAGUGUCGGAGCGGUUACCAUGACGACGGCUCUCACCUGCCCGACGGCAGCUCCUGCGUGGAUAUUGACGAGUGUACCAUGCAUACACACACAUGCUGGAACGACUCGGUGUGUGUGAACCUGCCAGGAACCUUCGACUGUGUGUGUGUGAACGGCCCAGAAUGCACCGGGGACUGCAUACAAGGUGAAGAGCAAAAACACAACGGACAAGAGUGGAGCCUUGGUCACGAUCACUGCACUGUGUGCACCUGUAAGGAUGGGAGAGUGUUCUGCAGACGGCGAGUGUGUGACUGCUCCGAUGCUGACCUGGAUCUGUCCUGCUGUCCGGAGUGUGACACGCGCCAGAGCAGUCAGUGUGUUCAUCAGAACGGAUACAUACUUUACCACAGCGGAGAAUCCUGGAUCUAUAACUGCCAACAAUGUCGAUGCCUGGAGGGAGAUGUGGAGUGUUUAUCUCUCUCCUGUCCUGUCCUGUUGUGUAAUCACUCAACCGUUCUGGAGGGGGAGUGUUGUCCUCGCUGCAUUUCUGACCCCUGUAUCGAAGACACCCUGACCUCUGACCCCACGCAGACGUGUCGCGACCCCACUGGCAUUGCGCGUCUCAGCGGCGCCAUGUGGAGCGAUCCCAGUGCACCAUGCACCACCUGCAAAUGCAAGAACGGGAGAAUCUGCUGCUCCGUUGAUUUGGACUGCGUCCAGGACGAUUAACCGCCUCAGUUUUUCAUCUUUUUUUUCCCUCCACUCCUUGUGAACCAGACGGAGUUUCAGAAGUCUGUUUUAAAGCUCCUGUGGCACUGACAUUCACACGGUGGACAACAUCCUGGGUUUACGGCUUCAUCUCAGCAGCAUUUUACACAAAAAGACAAAUGCAACUGCAAUACUGUACACAUUACUGUAUUCCACUGGCACCAGAAGCCGCUCCUGAGUAUGACGUAAAGCACAUCUAAAUGGAAAUAUAUACUGACUCUAAAAAAAAUGUAGAAUAACUUUUCUUCUUUUUCUCUAUCACUCUUUUCUCCAAUUAGUGUUGCCGUAAUUUAGCACUUUGUUGUUUUUUUUAUUGUUUCCAUAAUCCCUCCGUAUGUAUGUGUGUGUGUGUGUGUGUGUGUGUGUGUGUGUGCGCGUGUGUGUUUCACAAAGAGCUUAUGUGCAAAGGAAAGCGUUUCUAUACAGUAAAUAUAUAAAGGUAUACAUGUAUAUAAUGUUUGCCCUUGCCUGCUUGUAAUGUGUCACAACACUGUACAACCUUUGUUUCUUCUUGGGUGGCACUUGAGAACCAAUAUUCCCUCCUCUUUCUCAUUCACAAAGCUCCACCAAAAUUUCUGUUUUCCCCCACUGAUUGAGAUUCUGAAGCACAUGGCAUUGUUGCUGAAUAUACACGAGACUCUGACUUAAAAAACAUAUUAACCAAGGAGAGACACAUCCUCUCCAUCUGUGUGUUUACAUAUAUAUGUGUGUGUAUGUGUGUGUGCGCGUGUGUGUGUGUGUUUGAGAGAGCCCUUUGGACCUAAACAAGCAACGGACUAUGAGGCAUUUAUGAGAUUUGUAAAGUAGCUUGUAGAUGAUCUUAUCUGAAAUUUAAAGAAAAAAUAUUAUAUUUAAAGAAACCAACAUUCCCUGUGUGAGACGUACUGGAUGAUUUCUGAAGAGAGCUGAGAUUUUGCCGAGAUUAAAAAAAAAAGUUGGUGUGACCUGGUGGUGUGAAAAUUGGUGUGAUGUUAAGUUAUUUCCUUUAGUAUUCCUCUAUUUAUUUUCUGGAAUCCUUAUACAAGUGCCCAGCUAGUUAGCGAUUUAGGUCUGUAGGUGAUGACUAGCUGCUACAAGAGCAUGUUCUCAGUGUAAUACAGCCUUCUUUAUGAUUUUUACCCCUUGGUAUAACAUUAGCUAAUAUGCUACAUUUAAUUCCUAUUUCAUGGAGCCCUUAACUCCAUAUAGGUAGUCACCCACAUAGCAUGUGACCUUAGCAUAAGCUGUUUCAGUGAUCUGGAAAGAACUGAAAUUUGUUUGUAGGCAUUUUUAGCCUGUUUUAGUAGGCUAGCUAAUGACAUAAAUAAUGAACAAAAGCUAAUGAAAUAAAUAUCAAAGCUACCUGAUUAGCGUUACACCAAAGUUGAAUAUUAACUAGCCAUCUACUUUUUUAGCUAGUAAUCAUAGUAAUCCGUGCAGUAGUUCCAUGCAUUGUCAAAUGUGUGGAAAAUAAACGAAUAUCCGAAUGUUCUGCUAGUCAGAAAGUCACUGAGUCAGUAGUUUAAAGGACUCUAGUAAGAAAAACAACCCAUCAUGCACUGCAAGGUGCGCAUUAACCCUAACAGUUCCGAGAAACAUGAUAUAAUUUUCUUCAUGAUCAGGACUGAGGAACGCUGUGACCCAUUUUCCCCUCGAGAUUUAGAAAGUUUCUAUUAUUUAGCUAAUUCGUUAGCUAGCAGGCGGCUACGACAGAACAGAUGUUUUGACGCCUGCUUUUCUUGCGACAUCCAUGUGUAACCCAGUGUCUAUACACACUAAAGCUCUGUAAAACACACGAUGAACAAAAAAACAAAGUGCAGUAAUUUAUUUAAUGUUACCCAUUUAGCACAAAACUAGCCGACUAGCUACAAGCUAGAAUAUAGCCUUCAUUAUAAUGAAAGCUAGCUCAAUUAUAGGAAGCUAACACAAGCUAGCUAGCAUUAUUUAAAUUUUUACCAUUUUAAAUAAUUAAAUAAACCAUAUGUGUGUAUGUGUGUAUACAAUGUUCUCAGAAGGCAACUGUGUGUGUAUUUAUUUUUGGUCUUUUUUGUGUAAUAUAUUUGUCCUGUAUGACUUGUACGACUCUCUGUAGCAUCCCUCAGGCUUAAGAAAAGAUGCUCUAUUAAAUCAACUGGAUUAUUUUAUGGUUCAGUUUGUUUAUAUGUGUGUCCUCUUUUGUAAAUAUAGUAGAAAGCUGUGGAACGUGUAAGGUAAAGAAUCGGCAUGUGGCUGUGGUCAUUCA